AUGGUGGCGGAGCAGCUAGUAUCACCCCUGACACAUAUAAAAAACAACUGCAUAUCAAAACAGCUAUUUCCAUCACCUUGGAAGACUGCGCGUAUCUGUGCUAUUCCAAAAGCUGAGAAGAUAACAUUCAACAACGACCUCCGUCCUAUAUCCAUUCUUCCAACCUUAUCCAAGAUCUUCGAACGUCUGGUUCUUCGACAAAUGUCUGAUUUCGUAACCAACACAACUAUUGGAGUACAUAAAGAAUUAGUUAGUGCCUACCGCAGAGGUCACAACACCACGACUGUCAUGUUGGCAAUGCGAGAUGACAUUUAUCGAGCUAUGAAAAGAGGUGAAGUUACCAUAGCUGUUCUUGCCGACUUCUCCAAAGCAUUUGAUACUGUUUUAUAUUCGACCAUUUUGAGAAAACUUCACCGGCAAUGUUUCUCCAAAGAUUACCUCAAGUGGGUUACAAGCUACCUCACUGGACGACGCCAGUUUGUACAAAUCGAUGACGCGGUAUCAAGUACUACCGAUGUCUGUUUUGGAGUUCCACAAGGUUCCAUUCUUGGUCCU